AGAGCUGCUAUCAAGGCCAUUGACUGGGCGGCCUUUGCCGAGAGGGUGCCCCCCAACCAGAGGGCCAUGUUCAACGCCCUGAAGACCCGCAGCGACGCGCUCUCGGCCCGGUUGGCUGCUCUGCCAGAGAAACCCCCGACCAUCGACUGGGCUCACUACAAGGCUGCUGUUGCUAAAGCUGGCAUGGUGGAUGAGUUCCAGAGUAAGUUCAGUGCACUGAAGGUUCCUGAGCCAAAGGAUACACAAACCGCCAAAAUUGAUGCCCAGGAGGCGGAAGCUGCAAAGAGCACUGCUGAGUACGUGCAGGCUUCCAAGGCUCGUAUUGCCCAGUAUGAGCAACAAGUAAGUCUGGACUUUGCCUGGUGAAUAUUCCCUUUAACC